AUGACUAUUGCCUUCUUCGGUGCCACAGGAGGCUGUGCCAAUGCUUGUCUCACCUAUUCACUCAAGAACAACUUCAAAUGUCGAGCAUUGGCCCGAAAUCCCGAGAAGCUUCGUUCCAUGCUUGAAGAGCAGGGUCUCGAUCAGACAUCUAUUGAUAGCAAUCUCACCAUUGUGGAAGGAAGCAUUGAGGACGUUAACUCUAUUGUUUCGACUAUAAAGGAUGCCACUCACGUUGUUUCGGGGGUUGGUUCUACACCUAAGCUACAAAUGUCCUUGACUACUCCUGUGACUAUUGUCAAUCCUACUGUGUGUGAGGCUUUUGCAAAUAAUCUCACUGAAGCUGUACAUAGAAUUGGUGCAAGCGAGCCUCCAUCCUUGGCAGUUGUUUCUACUACGGGAAUCUCUAGCGGUCCAGAAGAUGUUCCCUUUGGUUUGAGAUGGCUCUACCAUAUUGCUCUUAAGACUCCUCAUGCUGAUAAGAGAAAAAUGGAGAAGACUGUGAAGUCCACCAGUAUCUUCUCUCGGGUGGUUGUUGUGCGCGCUUCUCUUUUAAAGGGUACUCAUUUGAUUUCUAGCGGUGAUGAUGAUAUUGAUAAGGUUCUUAGAGUAGGAACGGAGAAGCAGCCAGAGGUGGGUUACGCAGUGAAGAGAGCUAACGUUGGAAGAUGGAUAUAUGAAAGGUUUAUCAAGUCGGAUGAAAUUCCUAAGGGUCACUCCGUGUACACGCUUACCGAAUAA